AUGAGAUCAACGGCAGUUAAUGACGCUCUACACAGCCAUGGUACUGAAUGGAGAUUCAUACCUAAGCGAGCACCAUGGUUUGGCGGUUGGUGGGAGCGACUUAUUGGACUAACAAAAACCACCAUCAAGAAAGUUUUAGGUCGUUCAUUUAUUAGUUACGAGAGCCUCCAGACAAUAGUAACAGAGAUUGAGGGUAUAAUGAACGACAGACCGCUUACUUACGUCACUUCCGAUAUAGGAGACCCGGACCCAUUAACACCGGCGCACCUGCUUUAUGGACGUCGUAUUACAUCCCUUCCAUAUGAUGGCAAUACACCAGAACCACAGAAUGUUACAAUGUCUGACGUAACAAAAAGGGCAAGAAUGCAGGCACAACUUAUCAGUCAUUAUCGUUUACGAUGGCGUCACGAAUAUCUUACGUCACUGCGUCAGUACCACAAAACAACAGGAAACAACACUCAGACAGUUCAGGUUGGCGACGUUGUACAGAUUUAUGAUAAAUCACCAAGAACGCAGUGGAAACUAGGCGUAAUCCAGCAGUUAAUUUACGGUAAUGAUGGCCUCACACGAGCAGCAAUUUUACGCACGAGUAAUGGAUUUGUCACUUCGAGACCUAUUGUGAAAAUGUACCCAUUAGAAAUUAUUUCUACAUCGUAA